AUGGAUGAUUAUUCAAAAACGGAUGCAAGUCAUAAGGGUCGUUUCACAACAUCGGUUAAGAUAUGGAAAGCACGUUUUCUUUUACCACUACUUAUUCCACUGUUGUUAGGCUUCGCCACUCUGCAUGUGAUUACUACUCUUGUGAUUUUCGUAAUAGUUCUGGUAAUAUGUUCAAGCAUUGUCAUUACAGUCGCUCCAACUACUUGCUCAUUAGAAAAAGCUUUCAUUUCCAAGUUUUCUGAUAGAUACAAAGGAUUAAUCAGCGAUCCUUAUGUGAUUUACAAGUGUUUCCUCGUUACUCUAUUCUCUUGGUAUUUCACGAUGCUUGUACCAGUAAAUCUAGAAAAUAAACUGCUCUAUAAGGAAAUAUUAGUGUACAAUAUCCUCUUUGUCAUCUGUGUACAUCUCGUUCAAAUUGUAAGGAAUAGACACUCAAGUGGUCUUCUUCACCUACUCCCAUCAAGUUCUCAACAUUAUCCAGUUAAUCCGGUGAAACGUGAAAAAAACCUUACAUUAUUUGGUCUGUGGAAACAUACUUUUCACUUGCUUCAGGAUACGAAUAAACAACAAAUGGAGGGAGAUUGGUACUUCUCUUGGUUGGAUAUUUUCGUGAACAGGCAAAUCGACCGUGGUCAAUCGCUUUAUUAA